AUGGGUUCAGAAGCGCAAACACAUCCGUCUCGCGUGGGCUGCUCGAACGAGGCACGAGCCAGCGUGGCGCCCCGGCCUCGCUCCCUGGAGCCCGACUGCGGCAGGCCGCUCAGCAGGCCGCAUCCAGCCUUGCAGGCGAGUCAGGCUCCCGAGGAAGGCUCCCUCGCCCAGGGUGACUGCAGUGCUCCAGUGGACCUCGCCGCCCAACGUCCAGUCCUUAGAGACUGGGACAAGCGCAUGGAGGAUCACGCUGCCAGGUUCUGGCAGCUGGUCCCCUUCUCCGGCAUCACGGCCCCAACCGGCGAGGGACCACGGGCCGGGGGUGCCGUCGCACCCUUGCCCUCCAGCCCGUCCUCUGGGGAGCGGCUUGGCCUAGCGCUGCUUGUCCGGACGAGCCGGUUGCCGCGGGCAGGGGCCGGAGCGCUGCAAGAAGGCCUCGCUGCCUUCCUAGAGGGUGGAGAGGAAACGUCGGAAGGCGGCCUGCCCUCCGCGCAGCAGAAGCCACAGGCCAAAAUCCUCGGGUGGGCAGAGCAGAGCUCGCUCCGAGCGACGUUGACGGAAGAGGCCUUUGCUGCCCGCCUGCCCGCCCGCGGAGCAGAGGUGUUUCCAGUUCUUGCAGAAGCGGCUGGGGAGGCCGCAGGGCAGGUCCCCUGCCAAAACAUAUUUUCAUUUCCUUUCUCGGGUUGUCUGUCUUUCCGGAGCUGGCAUGGCAGGAACCAGCAGCGCAGGACCUGUCGGUAUGGGAACGUUCUGCAGUGCUACACACCCCUGGAUGCCUUCACCUGGAGCGCAUUGGCUUGCCUUGCUCUGGAGCUCGCCAAGCGCGUCCGGUGGCUGAGCUCUCCACCCUCCCAUGAAGGAGAUGCCGGGAUUCAUCAGCUCAAGCAGCGCCUUGCCGUUCUGCCCCAGCAUCAGCGCUCAGAACCUCCUGCUGAUCCACUGCCUUGCUCCAGCGAAGAAAAGGAACAACACUUCUUCCUGGGGGUGGGCCAGGACCACACAGAAAAGAACCCAUCUUCUAACAAAAUAUCUCAGCCGAAAGAAUAUGAGCUCCAUUCAGAAACAGGGGACUUUGUCUUCCCACCUAGCCCGGACCCUGAACCAGACCCGUGCCCGCUGCGCUCGCAGGCCAACCGAGAAGAUGAGGACUCUGUUAACAGGGCUGCUUCGCAAGUGCAGCAGGUGUUCCAAGCCAGCAUGUCCGUGGCAUCCAAUAUCCUGGGGCUGGCGCAUAUGCAGGAGGGGCAGCACCCCACCGCCUUUUCCUGCUUCAAGCUGGCUGCAGACCAGAACUACAGCAAGUCGCAGUUCAACGUGGGCUUGUGCUACGAACAUGGACGAGGCACCAAGAAGGACGUCGCCAAGGCAGUCCUCUACUAUCGGCGGGCGGCUCUGCAGGGGCAUUCCAGGGCCCAGCGCCGCUAUGCCAAGUGGCUUCUGCACCAGCAGCCCAGGACAGGCCCGGGUGGCGGCGCGCAGGAAGCGGUAGGGUCGCUGCACCAGGCCCACGGCGCAGAACAGAUCCAGGCGAGCGUCGGCCAGGGCUGUUCCAGCAGAUUUCGUUUGGCUGUCGGCCACGGAAAGGGCUUUGGUGCUCCCCAGAGCUCAUGUGCCGCUAGAAAGCAGGACCAGCAAGCGGCUGCUGCAAACGGCCAGCCUGCCCGGGCCAGCACCGAAGCGACAGUCCUGGAGGAGAGCGCAGCCGCGCGCCACUGCCACCAGCUGCCCCUGGUGGGGCGAACGUCCUCGUCCAGUCCGUGCCUCCAGCAGCUGGAUCGGCCCCUGCCUUCCCGCGUCUCCCUUGGCCUGCUGCAUUCGUGGAGUGCCGGAAGCCUCAGGGAGGCGGCCAGCGGCUCCAGGAGCUGCAUGAUCCUUCCUGCUUUCUCAGACGGCCUCGCCCUCCAGCUGUAGCCCUCCGCCUGGUUCCCCAGAACAGCAAUUACUUACGCUGACUAAAGAGGAGCCCUAGGAGAUAUGCCCACAAUCCUGGCUGCCACAGCCACCGCUGAAGAAGCCGAGAGAGGCAGCGGUUGCAGGCCGGCAUGUAUUUCUACCUCUUCUGCAGGUGGCAUUUCUGUAAAUAAAUCGCAGCUAGAGAGCGGUGUGGGUGAGUGAUGGAGCCAAAUAAGAGACAAAACGGG